GGGACAUUCUGGGGGCGGUACCGUAAUGGUGUAGGCUGCUGACGGUCAGGCGCUUCGCGGUUUGAAUGGCUGCGGGCCCGGGCCCUCAGUACAUCUGAAGAGCCGCGGCCUCGGGGUGAGCCAUGGCUUCUGGAGGCAGCCAGUCGCCACCGCCUCCUCCUCCGGCCGCAGCCAGUUCGGAGGAAGAGGAAGAUGAUGGCGACACUGGGGACGGCGCUCAGCCCGCGGGGUCUCCGGGCCAUCAGAUCCAGCAGCGGUUCGAGGAGCUGUGCAGCCGCCUCAACAUGGACGAGGCGGCUCGCGCCGAGGCCUGGAGCAGCUACCGCAGCAUGAGCGAAAGCUACACGCUGGAGGGAAACGAUCUUCACUGGUUAGCAUGUGCCUUAUAUGUGGCUUGCAGAAAAUCUGUUCCCACUGUAAGCAAAGGGACCAUUGAAGGAAACUAUGUGUCUUUAACUAGAAUCCUUCGAUGCUCGGAGCAGAGCUUAAUUGAAUUUUUUAACAAGAUGAAGAAGUGGGAGGACAUGGCAAAUCUACCCCCAGAUUUCCGGGAACGUACUGAAAGACUAGAAAGAAACUUCACUGUUUCUGCUGUAAUUUUUAAGAAAUAUGAACCCAUUUUUCAAGACAUUUUUAAGUAUCCCCAAGAAGAACAGCCCCGCCAGCAAAGAGGGCGAAAGCAGAGGCGACAGCCCUGUACCACAUCUGAACUUUUCCACUUUUGUUGGGUGCUUUUCAUAUAUGCAAAAGGUAACUUCCCCAUGGUUAGUGAUGACUUGGUCAAUUCGUACCAUCUUCUGCUGUGUGCAUUAGAUCUAGUUUAUGGAAAUGCCCUGCAGUGUUCUAAUCGUAAAGAACUUGUGAACCCUAAUUUUAAAGGCCUGUCAGGGGAUUGUCACCCCAAGGAUUCUAAGCCUUCCUCCGACCCGCCCUGUGUCAUUGAGAAGCUCUGUUCUUUACAUGACGGUCUAGUGUUGGAGGCGAAGGGAAUCAAGGAGCAUUUCUGGAAACCCUACAUUAGGAAACUCUUUGAGAAAAAGCUCCUCAAGGGGAAGGAGGAAAAUCUUACUGGCUUCCUGGAACCUGGAAACUUUGCAGAGAGUUUCAAGGCAGUUAAUAAGGCUUAUGAAGAGAGUGUGUUAGCCGCUGGGGACCUGGAUGAGCGGAUAUUCCUUGGUGAGGAUGCUGAAGAGGAACUUGGGACUCUCUCCCGGUGUCUGAACACUGCCUCGGGCCCAGAGAGUGCUGAGCGAAUGCAGGCGAGAGACAUCCUGCAGCAGCAUCUUGACAAGUCUAAAGCACUUAGAGUCUGCACACCACUGACUGGCGUGAGCUAUGUUCAGGAGAACAGCCCUGGUGUGACCCCCGUCUCCACAGCUGCACAUAGCUUGAGUCGUCUUCACACGAUGCUGACCGGCCUCAGGAACGCGCCCAGUGAGAAGCUGGAGCAGAUGCUCAGGUCAUGUUCCCGAGAUCCCACUCAGGCUAUUGCUAACAGACUGAAAGAAAUGUAUGAAGUAUAUUCUCAGCACUGCCAGCCAGAUGAGAAUUCUAGUGAUUGUGGCAAAGAAAUUGCCAACAAACAUUUUCGUUUUGCAGAAAUGCUUUACUAUAAAGUAUUAGAAUCUGUUAUUGAGCAAGAACAAAAAAGAUUGGGAGACAUGGAUUUAUCUGGUGUUCUGGAACAAGAUGCAUUCCAUAGGUCACUCUUGGCCUGCUGUCUUGAGGUUGUCACUUUUUCCUAUAAGCCUCCUGGGAAUUUUCCAUUUAUUGCUGAAGUAUUUGAUGUACCACAUUAUCAUUUUUAUAAGAUAAUAGAAGUAUUCAUUAGAGCAGAAGAAGGUCUUUGCAGAGAUGUCGUCAAACACCUCAAUCAGAUUGAAGAGCAAAUUUUAGACCAUUUGGCAUGGAAAACCGAGUCCCCACUGUGGGACAGAAUUAGAGAUAACGAGAACAGAGUCCCUACGUGUGAAGAGGUGAUGCCACCUCAAAACCUAGAAAGAACAGAUGAACCUGGUACUGCCGGCUCUCCCUUAACUCCAAGAAGGGUGAAUGAAGUCCGUGCUGAUGCUGGAGGCCUUGGGAGAAGUAUACCAUCUCCAACCACACUGUAUGACAGGUACAGCUCCCCAACAAUCAGCACUACCAGAAGGCGGCUUUUUGAGAAUGAUAGUCCCUCUGAAGGAAGCACAUCUGGGCGCAUCGCCCCUCAACCCCUAGUCAAUGCUGUCCCUGUGCAGAAUGUCUCUGGGGAGGCUGUUUCUGUCACACCAGUUCCUGGACAGACCUUGGUCACCAUGGCAACAGCCACUGUCACAGCCAACAAUGGACAAACAGUGACCAUUCCAGUACAAGGGAUUGCCAACGAGAACGGAGGGAUAACGUUCUUCCCAGUCCAGGUCAAUGUUGGGGGCCAGGCGCAAGCUGUGACCAGCUCUAUCCAGCCCCUCAGUGCUCAGGCCCUCGCUGGAAGUCUGAGUUCUCAACAGGUGACAGGAACAACUUUGCAAGUCCCUGGGCAGGUGGCCAUUCAGCAGAUUUCCCCAGGUGGACAACCGCAGAAACAUGGCCAGCCUUUAACCAGCAGCAGCAGCAGCACUAGGCCACGGAAGACUAGCUCGUUAUCACUUUUCUUUAGAAAGGUUUACCACUUAGCAGGUGUCCGCCUUCGGGAUCUUUGUGCAAAACUAGAUAUUUCAGAUGAACUAAGGAAAAAAAUUUGGACCUGCUUUGAAUUCUCUAUAAUCCAGUGUCCUGAACUUAUGAUGGACAGACAUCUGGACCAGUUGCUAAUGUGUGCCAUUUAUGUGAUGGCAAAGGUCACAAAAGAAGACCAGUCCUUCCAGAAUAUCAUGCGUUGUUACAGGACUCAGCCACAGGCCCGGAGCCAGGUAUACAGAAGUGUUUUGAUAAAAGGGAAAAGGAAAAGAAGACAUUCUGGCAGCAGUGACAGCAGAAGCCACCAGAAUUCUCCAACAGAACUAAACAAAGAGAGAGCCAGUAGAGACUCCAGUCCAGUUAUGAGGUCAAACAGCACCUUGCCAGUCCCACACCCCAGCAGUGCCCCUCCUACCCCAACUCGGCUCCCAGGCGGCAGCAGUGACAUGGAGGAGGAGGAGAGAGGAGACCUCAUCCAGUUCUACAACAACAUCUACCGGAAACAAAUGCAAACAUUUGCCAUGAAGUACUCGCAGGCAAGCAUGGACACUCCUCCCCUCUCCCCCUACCCAUUCCUAAGAACCGGCUCCCCUCGCCGAAUACAGCUAUCUCAAAACCAUCCUAUUUACAUCUCCCCGCAUAAAAAUGAAGCAAUGCUUUCUCCUCGAGAGAAGAUUUUUUACUACUUCAGCAACAGCCCAUCAAAGAGACUGAGAGAAAUUAACAGUAUGAUACAGACAGGAGAGACUCCAACUAAAAAGAGAGGGAUUCUCUUGGACGAUGGAAGUGAAUCACCUGCAAAAAGAAUUUGCCCAGAAAAUCACUGUGCUCUGUUACGUCGUCUGCAAGAUGUAGCUAAUGACCGGGGUUCACGCUGAGGUCAGUCUCCAGUAUGGAAACUGUCUUUGAAUGAACUGCUUAGCAAGAGUGCUUAAUGUGUGCAGGAUUAUGGGGCCUUGCUCCUUAAUCCAGCAAUUGAUUAGAGCCUGGUAGAAAAGGGAAGCGUCUCUGACCGGGCGUAGCACUACAUGCCUGUUACCCCAGCACCCAAGAGGUAGAAGGUAAGAGGACCAGGAGUUUAAGGCCAGCCUGAACUACAUAGCAUGGCUGAGGCCAACCUGGACUGCAAGUAACCGUGACUCAAAACCAAAACCAAAAGACCGGAAGGGACAUUUUGGGGAGAAAUUAUACUUACUCCAGUGUC